AUUUCAAAAACCCUCAUCUUCCUCUGCCUACUUCUCAUGGGUGGCCCCUCCUCCUCCCUCCACCCCCACCGCAAACAAGACACAACCCAUUAACUUAAAUAAUAAUUAGAAGACAACCCAUAUUUUUUUCCUGUUAUUAUAUUAUUUUCUUGUAUUUUGUCUUUGUUUGAGCAGUAGAAAUGCUAGGCAAAAAUAGCUCUAACCUUCCUCCUGGUUUUAGGUUCCACCCAACUGAUGAGGAAUUAGUCGUGUAUUAUCUUCGUAAUCAAGCCUCAUCAAAGCCUUGCCCUGUAGCAAUUAUACCAGAAGUUGAUAUUUACAAGUUCGACCCUUGGCAAUUACCUGAGAAAGCAGAAUUUGGUGAAAACGAAUGGUAUUUUUUUAGCCCUCGUGAUAGGAAGUAUCCAAAUGGAGUGAGGCCUAACAGAGCAACUGUUUCUGGGUAUUGGAAAGCUACUGGUACAGAUAAGGCCAUCUAUAGUGGGUCUAAAUAUGUUGGUGUGAAGAAAGCUCUUGUAUUUUACAAGGGAAGGCCACCUAAGGGUGUUAAAACUGAUUGGAUUAUGCAUGAAUAUCGUUUAAAUGAUUCAAGAAAGCAAGCCAACAAGCAUAAUGGGUCCAUGAGAUUGGAUGAUUGGGUCCUGUGUAGGAUUUAUAAGAAAAGGCAUGUAGGAAGACAUUUGGAGGAGAAAAUAGAAAAUACAAGUACCCAAACGGACUUACCUGAUACCAGUGAUGCUAGUGAGCAACAACUAUUCAAAUUUCCAAGGACAUGUUCUCUAACCCAUUUAUUGGAAUUUGAGUAUAUGGGAUCAAUUUCUCACCUUUUGAAUGACAACGGUUCAUACAAUUCGAAUUUUGAGUUCCAAAACUUCAUUGGCAAUAGUAAUGCUUUGACUGACCAAGGGGCAAAAUUUCAGCUAGGAGAAAUGAAUUCCCAAUAUACAGAUUCUGGGAAAUUCCAGGCUAAUCAGAGUAGCGUUUUGAACCAGCCAUUGUUAAUGAAUCCAAUGGUCUAUGAAUUUCAGUGAUUUGCCUGGCUUUGACUCAAAAGGAAAUUUGGAUUUACUGGGGAAUGACAGUUGUUCAGAACAUCUAAAAAUUGUUUGUGAAAGGGUACACAAUGUUACAAUAGACAAAAAUUGUGAAUUAGAUAGGCAAGGCCAAUAUUGUACACUCAAUAUUCAACUUUAAAAAGUUAAAAACAUAGGACAAGCUUGAAUUUGUACAUAUCAUUACAUUCACUAUUAAAGCUGUUUUUACUUUUGAUUGAAUGGAGAUUCUUUGUAUU